AUGUUCAACUUAAAAACUGAAGAGUCUUUUGAAUUAAAUACAAAUAUUAGAAAUGAUUUAUAAAUGUAAAAGUCUGAUCGAAAAUUUGUUUUGCAUGCUAAUCUAAAUGAAAUAUCAAGUAAAAAAUAUUAUAAGGAAAGAAGAUUAGUUCUACCUUAAAUUUAUGUUCCCUAUUAUUAAACAUAAUAAUCAGAAGAUAGAAAUCCUGGUAUUCACAUUUUGAGAAAGUAGUUAGAAUGCAUAAAAUUACCUGAAAUUGAUGAGAAAUUCUUUAUAAAAAAGAGUAAUAAUACAGAUUUGAUAAAGAAACCAAAAAUUUAUUCACAUUCUCAUUAAGUAUCAAGAGAAGAAUUUGAAUUUUUUAACUCUGAUAAAAACAUUAAUUAUUAAUUUAUUAAAAAAGUAGAUUUUUAAGACAAUGUAAUGAUUUAUGAUUAUGUCAAUCAAACAUAAAAAAAAGAUUGUAUAAAUGGUUAAGGUAGAUCUAUAAAAUUAAGAAGAUUAUUAACAAGAAAGAUUAGUGAUGAUCUCACUAAAUAAUACAAGAAAGAGAAUAAUUUAUAUAGAUUAAAUACAAAAUCCCAUUUUUUCUAAGAAAAUGAAAAAGAAUAAAUGAAAUUAGCCAUUAAUGAAUAAUUUUAAAUUUAUGAUCUAUAAUUUUGA